UGCUACCAUCAAUACAAUUAUGCUCCAUAACAACCAAGCCCUUACCCCCUCGUGCGGUAGACCAAGCCACCAUUACAGUAGAGCAAGAAAACUUGUCACCAAUCCGAAAAAAUCUCACCAUUAGUUGGAUGUCUCCUAAUGUGACGUAUGGGAGAAUUGAAAGAGAGCAGAUUAGAAUCUUGACUGAGCCUGUAAUGAGUAACAUUAUCAACGAGGAGCUUAUUGUCCACCUGGAAGAUAUUGAAAGAGAUAAUGAAACGGACCCCAUUCAAAGAAUUGCUCAGUUCUCCAGCAUUGUGGUACCAAACAAUCAGCUGUGUCUCUUCAUUCAGAUUCGUGUUAGCAAUCUGUUCCUCUGGAGUAACUGGUCUACCCCCUCCCCCCUACCCACAAACACCUCCCUAUCUACCAACUGCACUCUACUACAUGUACCCACCCCCAGUAACAAUGGCAGUAACGGUGGUAGCGGUACGGUACCGGAGUCAAUUGUGAAUACUGUAACAUACAUAGUGACAUUCACCACACUGGGGUCAGUGGGACUGGUUGCCAUGGUCGCUGGUGUUGGGCUCUCCUGUCUAUGUUGUCUGAAUCACAAGAAGAAGAGAAAUUUAAUAAAGCAAUUAUUAAGUGAUGCACCCCAUUUGGUACCCGAGACUGGGAUUUGUCCCAAGCCCAUCAAGUCACUGCCUAUUUUUGACCCGUGGGAAAUCCCCCGAGGCAACGUGAUACUGGAGGGUGACAAUUUAGGAGACGGCUGUUUCUCUAAAGUGUACAAAGGAAUAGUGAAGGGACCCAUCUCUUCUUCGAAGGUCAUGAAAAGGAGUAUUUGUAAAACAGUGGCCAUCAAGCUACUCAAAAAUACAACUGAAAGCUCUGACAAGAAAUGCUUUCUGGAUGAGAUAGAGUUGGUUAAGAAGAUCGCUGAGAGGAGCAAUCCGUAUGUGGUGGGUCUAGUGGGAUGUGUGACCCUUCAGGAACCAAUGUGUCUGCUUACUGAGUUCGUACCUCAUGGAAACUUGGAGGUCUAUCUCCAGGCCAUCAAGAAAAUGGCACAGCAUAGAAGGAAGUUUAGUGGAGCUACCAGUACCAUAUCACAACCAGACUCUGGUUAUCAGGAUCAAAACUCAGGUGGAACGUUGUUUUCCCUAAGCGACUUGUGUAAUGGAAUAUGCAUGACCUCUCUGCCUAGCCUCGUCAUAGACACACCCACUCCAUCUCGUGCCACGCCCCCAAAUGGUACCACUUAUGAUCACCUUGAUGAGAAGGAAACUCAAGAAUAUGAUCACUUAGAGAUUGAAAACGAUAAUGCUCCUAGCGUAGAUGGUGGGUUGCUAUUCAAGAGUUACCAGGACAGAGUGGAGCCUGACGAAUUUAUUUCAUUUGCUUUCCAAAUUGCGUCGGGAAUGGUGUACAUCAGCAGUCUAAACAUCGUCCAUCGUGACUUGGCCUGUCGUAACAUCCUGGUUUGCAAUGACAAAAGUCUAAAGAUCACUGAUUUUGGACUGUCUCGUGUCCUCACUUCUGAAUCAGACCAAGAGCUGUACAUCAAGACCGAUCAAACCAACGUGAAGUUGCCUUGGAAGUGGAUGGCCAUUGAGGCUUUGAAAAAUGGAGUGUACAGUAGCGCUUCGGAUGUGUGGUCCUUUGGCGUGUUGCUCUGGGAGAUUGCAACACUCUGUGAUUUCCCGUAUCCACAUAUUACUAGUUUCGCUGAACUCUUGAACUAUUUGGAGAGUGGCAGUCGACUCGAGUCUCCAACCAAAACACCCCCGGAAAUCGAGGAGUUAAUGAAGGAGUGUUGGAGGGAAGAGGCUGAAAAUAGGCCAUCAUUUGUUGCUCUGAAAAAUAAAUUUGUGCGAACACUGUCUGAGAAAAAUGCUUACACCCACUUCAUCAACUGUGUACCAGAAGAAGGAAGCUUAGAGGCUGAAACAAACGCUCCAAGUUGUGCUCACAAUGACAAAGACGAAAAGGCCUCCAUGAGCAGUAGCUCUGAAGGUUCCCCUCCUCCUGCUGAAGAAGAAGGGAAUCACUCCACCAUUGCUCAGAGGGACAGCUAUAAUCCUUAUGUGGGUACACCCAAACGCUUGAAGGUCUUUGAUGUCAACACCUCAGUGUUUGCCAUCUCUUCUGAUGCGGAUGGUCUGUAUAUAGAUAGCUAAUUAUGUGGAACUAUAAAUCCUAACAACAAUUUCAUUCAAUUCUCUUGCUGUUUUAUAAUUAUAAUUA